GUCCAGAACCUUAUCAACAAUGGCAAGACCUUUAGGAGGGUGGAGGAGGAGAUGAGCUGGGACAAGGCCCUGGACUUCUGCCGGAGGUACGAGACUGACCUGGCUGACCUGCAGAGCAUGACCAGCUUGAACAGCGUUCAGGCCAUCUACUCAUGUCUGCAGCGCCAAGAUGCCUGGAUUGGUCUCCACUUUGACAUAAGCACUCAAGGGCUUGUCUGGUCCAGUGGCACAGCCUUCACAGAACUCAAGUGGAGUGGGACGCCUGCCUUGCAGGGGGGUUUCUGUGCUACUGUGUACAUCAACAUGGCUUUCCUCCCCAGCCUGAGCGCUGCCUCCUGCACCACAGAAAAGCCCUUCAUAUGCUACUAUGAUGAAAAGGAGGGACAUCGUGUCAACAUGGAACCUGCUUUAAGCCUGACUACCUCUCCAAAGCCAGCUGUGGUUCAGAUUGGCAGACGGACCUUUGUGCGACUUGACCAGACCAGGACGUGGCUGCACGCCCUGUGGUAUUGUCGAAACUACUACACGGACCUGGCUGACUUGCAGACUGUGACGGAAGAGGAGAGCAACCAGGCCUUGCGUUCCAUCACCACUAAGAUGGAGGCUUGGAUUGGCCUCUACUUCAAUGCCAACUCUGGGGCUCUGAACUGGUCCAGCGACCUCGGGAACAGUGUCCCCAGCUGGCUGUGGGUGCCUCAGAUGGGGGUUGGACUGUGUGCAGGACUUGGUAUCUUCUCGAAAACACCCCCACGGGUUUAUGCAACUGACUGCUCCUCCCUGAGGCCCUUUAUUUGCUUCCUUGAUACCUCCAUUGGACACCGCAUUGGGGCAUCAUCUCCUCCACUCUUUCCCUCCUUGGAAGGGACCACAGAGACUAUGCCCAGGCAAAGGAUCAGCACCAGGCUCGAGGAUCCCAAUUCAAUGACGCAGAUUCAGCAUCAAGUCACCCUAGAACACACUGAGCCCACACACCACAAACCCUUGGGGGAUAUUUCCAUUUCCAAAGAAGAACCCUGGACUCCACAGACACCGAUGCGGGGCGCCUUUUCCAGCACCAUGUUGCCUGCUGUGACCCGUGAAGGGAAUGACCCUGAUAUAAGACUGACAGCUACUGCCUCUGAGGCCCAACACUUGGGCACAUCUAAGCACCCAGAGUCUCAAGAACCACCAGCACCAAAGUCAGGUAACUGCUUCAAGGGCAUCCAGUCUUCAAAUUGGCAACAGGAUAAUUUCCCCCUGGACCAGGUAGCUCUCUCUAUUUCAGGACAACUGUUUGGAAUCCUGAAAGCAGAUUUUACUAUCCCAGCUUUGAUGGACCCAGAAGAAAUGAAAGAUCAGUUUUUGAGUGAGAUUGAAGAAGCCUUAAAAUAUACAUUAGGUGCUAAGAAAUUCAGCUUGGAAGGGGUUGGCCUUGAAGUCAACAAAAAAUAGCACACACCUGAAGAUCUGGAGUUUCCUUCUCACAGUCUUCUCUGAA